AUGCAUGAGACAGAAGAUUCACACUCUAACGACACCCAUUUCUAUGCAAAUAUUAAACAAGACUCGAAUGAAUUAUCUGACUCGCGUCGUCCCAACUGGUUAUAUCCAAUGAUGGUGAUGAUUAAUAAACAAGAGAAUCUCAACAAGUACUUUUGCAAUUGCAAAAUUGAAACAAAUUAA